GCCACAUUCUAUGAGUUAAAUGCGCAUUAGCGUCCUCAUUGAGGACCGGUAUGCUUGCAUAGCACUUUGUAUGUGCCGUUCCUAGUCAGCGUACCUGUCAAGACAACUUGGCGUUGACAUGCGAGAAAACCUCUCACGUAUUGCCGGCCGCGUCCGUCAGCGUGCGCAAGCGCCUCGUUCGCGACUUACUUUCUCACAAUGUCGGCAUGUAGGGUCCAAUGCGGCGCCGACGCAAGCUGUAGCAGCCGCCCCCUCAUCAACCCCGCCCGGAGGGGGCCCCCAUGACGACCCCGCCGCCCCCCCUGCUGGGCCCCCCGCUCCGCCCCCCAGCCCGGGGGUGCUGGUGGCCUACUACGCAGACCACUGGCAGGUCCCGCUCCCGCCCGGCCACCGCUUCCCCAUGUCAAAGUAUGCCGCCACGCGCGCCGCCCUGGCCGCCGACCCCUCCCUGGCGCCCUGCCUGCAGCUGCGCCCCGCCCCGCCGGUGUGCUGGGGGGACGUGACGGAGGUGCACGAGGCGGGCUACGUGGAGCGGUUCAGGAGCAACCGCAUGACGGAGGCUGAGAUGCGCAAUGUUGGCUUUCCCUGGAGCCAGCAGCUGGUGGGCCGCACGUUCGCUUCCAGCGGCGGAACGGUGGAGGCGAUGCACGUGGUGAUGAGGCAGGGUCGGGGUAUCGCGGCUAACAUCGCGGGCGGCACCCACCACGCCUUCAGAGACAGGGGCGAGGGCUUCUGCAUCUUCAAUGAUAUAGCCAUCGCUGCCAGUGUAGCUUUGAGGGACUACGGCCUGCACUCCAUCCUGGUGGUGGACCUGGACGUGCACCAGGGCAAUGGGACCGCCGACAUUUUCCAGGACGACCCACGGGUCACCACCUUUGACAUGUUUGGUGACAAGAACUACCCCUGGCGCAGUCGCCGGCGCAAUACCUACGACCUGCCGCUGCCCGAUGACACAGGGGACGAGCCGUACCUGGAGCUGCUCAGGUCCUGGCUGCCCCGGCUGCUAAAGCAGCACCGGCCGCAGCUGCUGCUGAUGCAGGCGGGAGUGGAUGCGCUCAAAGGGGACAGCUUCGGUCGUCUGGCUCUGAGCCGGGGCGGGCUGCUGGCGCGGAACAAUCUGGUGUGCGGGGCGGCGCUGCAGGCGGGGGUGCCGAUGGUAAUCACCAUGGGCGGCGGCUACACGCGCCCCCCCGACGCCUCCGUGGACUGCCACACAGACGUGUACCGCACAGCAGCAUACCGGCUGGCAGCAUGGGCGCGAGCGGAGGGGUGGG